AUGUCUAUCUUACAAUUUUCUGGCGUUCCUGCAAUCAAUGCAGUAAAAAAAUUUGUUGAUAAAUAUAAAAGUGAGAUUGCUUCAGAUUCAAACUUUAUAAUCGGUUGGUAUACCGUUAACAAGAGCGAUAAUGUGCACGCAUUAAUUUUAUAUGAAAUAACGGGUGAUGAGAAAACUGCUACAUCAAUCCUCUUACUUUCAAAAUGCGAUUUCGACCCUCUAGAACAACAAACAAAACCAAAUAUUCUGGAUUUUGUGUAUACAAUUCGAUCGAGACGAAGGAAAGGGUACGCUGCUCAACUUAUUACAAAAGCUCAACAGGAUUUCCAGUUCACUGCAUUCUGCAAAAAUGACGAAACAUCCAACUUGUUAGCGAAAUUGAAAUGUAUAAAAAAUGAUUCUUUAACUGAAUCGACUAAAUUAGAUGUAUUCCGUUGGAACGUGACUAGUAAAAAGUAA